AUGGCCGUUCGCGGUUCACCUGCACGUGUGGAGCCUGAGGGUACUGCGUCUGGAGGUGCUGAGCCUGCGCGUACUGAGUCUGGAGGUGCUCUAGGUGUCCCGUCGCGGUGGGAUCCCCUCUCUCCACAGCAGCUUCGUGAGUGGUACUCUCGGCGAUGUCGAGGUGCUGCUGGUGCUGGAGCUGAUGGAGCUGCUGGAGGUGCUGCUGGAGCUGCUGGAGGUGCUGCUGGUGCUGGAGCUGCUGGAGGUGCUACUGGUGCUGGAGGUGCUGCUGGUGCUGGUGCUGCUGGAGGUGCUGCUGGAGCUGCUGGAGGUGCUGCUGGUGCUGGAGGUGCUGCUGGUGCUGGAGCUGCUGGAGCUGCUGGAGGUGAUGCUGGUGCUGGAGCUGCUGGAGCUGCUGGAGGUGCUGCUGGGACUGGAGGUGCUGCUGGGACUGGAGACCCUGGGGCUGAGGGUACCGGUUCUGUCUCUGCUGUUUCUGGAGGCGCUGCGUGGCCGCGGCCGUACUACGUUCCACUCCUUCACCAGGUUCUUGGUUCCCCGCCUUCUCCUGGUCCUACUCCUCCUUUCCUGAGUCCACCGCCAGUCCAGUCCCAGUCGCAGUUACAGUCGGCCUCUCCACUGCCUGGUCCUUCUCCUUACUCUGGACCGACUAGAGGUCUUACGGAGCGUCGUGAGCCUGAGUCACGUUCUGCGUCGCCUGUCCGUACUGUUCGCGCUGGUCGUGUUUCGCGUCCUCCUAUCCCUGGCACUCACUCUAUGACUCUGCGUCCUUCCACUGCUCCCCAACGUGUCCCUCUGCCGUCUCCUCCUGCGUCCUCUCUUCCUGCUGGUCUGGACCCUGCGUCUGACUCCCUACGUGCUGCUAGUCCAGCAGUCACGCGCUUUCUAGCCACUGCUGUCACUGACCCUUUGUUUGAGUCCACUGCUGCGUCUGCUCUUGUUACUGAGCUUGUUGACUUUGCUGCAGCCUGUCGCCUAGACUACGCCACUAGUCUUGUUGCUGAGUCUGCAUCUGCGUCUGUCUGUCCUCCGUCCGUCGGGGGUGAGUGUGCUCUUGGCACUGACGUUCUUGAGGACAGACAGGAGGAGUUUGAGUGCUUUGCCGCUACAGUACCUCAUCUCGUGUCCAUGCUGCUUGCCCCUGAGGGAGACCCGGAUGCACCAGACAUCCCGACCCCGCGCUCUUACGCAGAGGCGAUAGAGGGUCCCUACUCCUCUUAG